CACACGCACACACAGUAACUGCCUAUGCCAGACCCUGCCUGCCUGCGCUCCCAGCUCAAGCCCUCUUAAAGCUGUUUUUCUGCUGGAGAUCAGUGAGAGCUAACGACACACAGCUGCCUCUGCUGAAGACAGAAGAGAGACACCAGGAGAACAGAAGGAGGGGAAAAGAGGGAGGAAAGGACAAGCUCAGGGGGGAAGCAAAACCACCAGCAGCCUCUUAACUCCUUGUGUCUGUGAGUCUCUGGCGGUCCGGUGCAGCCAUUCUUCAGCAGGGAGUGUUUCUCUACUGUAGUUUAGGACUUUUUUUUCUGUGAGAGAGAGGGGGGGAGGAAUAAGAAGAGGAAAAGAAGAGGGGUUGGAGUUCACAUGACAUAAUCGGAGUGAAUGGGUUGCCAUGGUGACUCACCCAGGGAGCCUGACCCGUGCAGAGUGAAUGGAGGGAUCGCCUUAGACGCCAAGUGAACGAUAAACUAACGGAGGGGAGUCACUGGAGAGAGAGAGAGAGAGAGAGAGAGAGAGAGAGCAAAGGAGUGGUGGAUAACAGAGGGAGCACAGAGGAGCAGAGCAGAGGCUGAGAAUGGAGGACGGGUUUUCCAGCUACAGCAGCUUGUAUGACACCUCAUCACUGCUACAGUUCUGCAACGAUGACAGUGCGUCAGCAGCCAGCAGUAUGGAGGUGACUGACCGCAUCGCCUCCCUGGAGCAGAGGGUCCAGAUGCAGGAGGACGAGAUUCAGCUGCUGAAGUCCGCUCUGGCCGAUGUCGUCCGCAGACUCAACCUGUCUGAGGAGCAGCAGGCCAUGGGGUCACGCAGAGGACCCACCAAAGACCCUGCUUUGAUGAGAAAGUCUCCCUCAGCAGACAGCAAUGUUGGGAAGCCAGCCAGGCCAAUGAUUGCCACCCUGCCGUUACGGCCCACAGUAAACAACGGGACCAUCCUACCAAAGAAAGGCAGCGGCACCCUGCCCUCCCCAUCUGGAUCUGGAUCCAGGAAGGACACCAGCGCACCAGCCAACAAGAGCACUGUGAGGAGAACCAACUCAAACGAACAUGUGGGAACUCUUACGCGGAAAGAUUCAGGCGACUCCAAGGGCAACCGAACUCGGGCCGGAUCCACCGGCAGCAAUUCCAGCGGCAAAAGAAGUGACAGCAAACAGAGGGAUCCAGUGUUCAAUGCAGGGAUGCGACGUGUGACCCACUGCAAAGAGGAAGGUUAUGUGAAAAUGUAUUUGAAGGGUCGUCCCAUCACCAUGUACAUGCCCAAAGACCAGGUGGACAGCUACUGCCUGGAGGCCAGAGCCGAGCUUCCCAGCAACAAACUCAAACUGGACUGGGUCUACGGUUACCGCGGUCGAGACUGUCGCUCCAACCUUUACUUGCUGCCCACCGGAGAAACGGUGUAUUUCAUCGCCUCAGUGGUUGUCCUGUUCAAUGUGGACGAGCAGCUGCAGAGACACUACACUGGACACACAGAUGACAUCAAAUGCCUGGCCGUCCACCCCGACAAAAUCACCAUAGCAACCGGGCAGGUGGCGGGCACCUCUUCAGAUGGGAAACAGUUGGCUCCUCAUGUUCGUGUGUGGGACUCUGUGAGCCUUAACACCCUCCAUGUCCUGGGCGCAGGCUUCUUUGACCGAGCCUUGGUCUGUUUGUCUUUCUCCAAGUCGAAUGGAGGAAACACACUGUGUGUUGUAGACGACUCCAACGAUCACGUCCUCUCCAUCUGGGACUGGCAGAGAGAGGACAAACUGGCAGAGGUCAAGUGCUCCAACGAGUCAGUGUUUGCUGCAGACUUCCACCCGACAGACAGCAACAUCGUGGUCACCUGUGGCAAGUCACAUCUCUAUUUUUGGAACCUGGAGAAAGGCAUGCUGGUCAAGAAGCAAGGGCUGUUUGAGAAACAGGAGAAGCCCAAGUUUGUGUUGUGCGUGACGUUUGCAGAAAAUGGAGACGCGAUAACCGGAGACUCAAGUGGGAACAUCCUGGUGUGGGGAAAAGGCACUAAUCGUAUCAGCCAGGUCAUCCAGGGAGCUCAUGAGGGCAGCAUCUUUGCUCUGUGUAUGCUGAGGAACGGCACGCUGGUGUCUGGAGGUAAAGACCGCAGGCUCAUUUCUUGGGACAGCAGCUACCAACAGAUACAAACAGUGGAGGUGCCUGAGUUGUUUGGUCCCAUCAGGACCAUAGCAGAGGGCAGAGGGGAGACUGUGCUCAUUGGGACCACCAAGAAUUUUGUUUUGCAAGGCAGUUUGGAUGGAGAAUUCAUGCCUAUUACACAGGGUCAUACUGAUGAGUUGUGGGGUCUGGCUGUUCAUCCUUGGAAGUCUCAGUUCCUCACCUGUGGAUAUGACAGGCAGGUCAGCCUGUGGGACUCUAGCGCUCAUCAGCUCAUCUGGACCAAGAGCUUGGAGGAUGCUGCCCAGUCAGCAGGCUUCCACCCGUCUGGAGCUGUGGUUGCCAUAGGAACCCAAAUUGGCAGGUGGCUGGUGCUGGACACUGACUCUAAGGAUUUAGUCACGGUGCACACAGAUGGGAAUGAACAGCUGUCUGUUAUGCGUUAUGGGCCAGAUGGUAACUUCCUGGCCAUCGGUUCUCACGACAACUACAUCUAUAUCUACGCUGUGGCAGAAAAUGGAAGGAAGUACAGUCGAGUGGGGAAAUGCUCGGGUCAUUCAAGUUUCAUCACCCACCUGGACUGGUCAGUGGACUCCCAGUAUCUGGUAUCAAAUUCAGGAGACUAUGAGAUACUGUACUGGAUCCCGUCAGUGUGCAAACAGGUGGUCAGUGUGGAGACCAGCAGAGAUAUCGAGUGGGCCUCUUCCACCUGCACUCUGGGCUUCCAGGUUUUUGGCCUGUGGCCCGACGGUUCAGAUGGCACCGACAUCAACGCCGUCUGCAGGUCCAGUGACAAGAGCCUCCUGGUUACUGGAGACGACUUUGGGAAGGUCCACCUCUUCUCAUACCCCUGUUCACAGUUCAGGGCUCCCAGCCAUUUUUACGGUGGCCACAGCAGUCACGUGACCAAUGUGAACUUCCUGUAUGACGACAGCUACCUGGUGUCGACCGGUGGGAAGGACAUGAGCGUGAUGCAGUGGAGGAUAGUCUGAGCGAGCAGACAGAAACAGAUACUGUCAACUUAACUGCUGCUGGCCCCUGAAACCCAGCUGAACUGAACUGCACUAAACUGAAGCGAACCAAACUUAAAUUAACUCAGAUGCUAAAAAGAUGUGGAUCUGACUGAACUGAAGGGAGCUGACAGAAGAGGAACGUGUGUCCUGAGGUUUCCUUCCUGGUCUGCUCUCACAUCCCAAAUGAGAUGAACUGGUAGAGGUGUAAUGUGAGGUUGCUUGAAAUACACAAAUCCUGAAUAUUUCUCCUUUUUCUUUAUUUACACUACAUGUAAAAAAAAAAGAAAAAAAAAUCUUUCUCUCUCGCACUGUAGCCUAGUCACCAAUGAUAUGACACGAAACAAAUCAAACGGAUCAAAUCCAACUAAACAGAACCAAAGGCUCUGACUUUCUGACUGCAUUUGUACAGUUUGGCUUUCACUGUUCUUGUAUUGUGCACACUCCUGCCACAGAUAAUGGACUGAAUAGGUUUGUUUCGCUGCCUGUUAGAACCGUUCCAGACUCUGUAUCAUCGAGCUGGAGAUCCAAGAGCACUGGGACGAAAACUGUGUAUGGAAAGACAAAAAUAGUGAUUUUCUAAUUGUUAAACUUUCUCUUAUUUUGUAUUUAACAACUCAGGAAAGCACUAGUGAAGCAGGACCCUUCCCUGUUAUUAACAUUGACAUAUCAGGACGAGCCUCUGGCAGCCCUAAAAACAUCUCACUAAAAUAUUCAGAGAGCUAUCUACCAUGGUAAAUAUCUGAUUUAGCUGUUGUUCAGCCAUUAUUGAUUUAUUUGCAUUGACUAAUUCUGUAUUAAGACUACCUACACAGUCAGGGCUGGUGCUGACUUUGAUGGACAUAAAUACAUCCCAGCAAGGAGAAUAAUACAGAUGAACAGGAGACACACUGCAUUGUUUUUUUUCCAGUCAGAUGUAAUGUUAACUGCAAUUUGAAGUGAUCAUAUUCUGGGGAAAUUAUUUAGAGUGAUAAAAAGUUAUAUUAUCUGAAUUCAAAAUUAGGAUUUUAACUAUUUUCAGCAGAAUUAUCUGAAGAUUUCCUAAUGUUUGUGCUUCCAGGUCUUAAAAAAGAAAACACACUUUUCCUUUUAUUUAUUGACCAGGUUUCAAAUCCACCACUACCAAUAUCAGUUGAUUUGAGUUUUGUUUCCCGCAAUAAAAGCCUGGUUAGUCCCAGAUGUGUAAAUAUACAGAGAGGCUUGAAACAGAUAUGAGCAAAAUGUGAGUGAAUAUACAGAAUUUGAAACUGUUUCCACUUUUUGGGAAUGAGUUGUUGUAUGUUUCUUUUGCCUUGAGGUGUAAGGAGAAUCAAAAUCAAGCAUGUUUUGGGUUUUUCGAUGAUGUGAAGCCUUUUCAAAUCUGUAUCUCUUUACAGUUUGUUUCGCACCAGAUCGGUUUAUGAAGGAGAAAGUCGAGACCAUUACACUGUAACUGUUUACGUCUGAUGUGCUCCUCAGGUGUGCACCAUCAGUCACUGGCAAAAUAUUUAAGUGAACUGAACCCUCUUGAGGCAUUUUUCUAUACUGCACUGCUUCAGCCUGAUACAAACACGCAGCAGGUCUAUUAAGCAAAUCACCAUUUAGCACUUACUGGAUUUUUUCAUAAACCAAUGUCUGCUCUCAACCUUCCAAGCUUUGUACCAUCCGCUCAGAUAUAAGGUACAGUUCGUAGCAUGUCACACUCUUCAUCCUAUGGUUAACAACAAGCCAAAAUUUCUCACAUGCAUGUGUAACUAUAAUUACUUUAAAGCGAUAAUUUUAAAGGGGGCUAAGCUGAUUUUAGUGUGACCAUGAGGUACAUUGAUGUUGUUUUGAAAUCCAGGCGGGUGACUGACUGUUGAACUUGUCUCAUCAGGAAAACCACUGAAAUCUAACAGCAGUGAUAUACCGUCACCACUCUACAGAGUGAAUGUAACAUGAUUUGUCUUACCACUAAACACUUUGGGCUGCAGAAUACCAUUGGACACUUAACAUUUGUCUGAAAGUAAAUGCAACGUGAAAUUCCUACGA